GGAGACAUUUUCUGCUAAGCGGAUUGUCUCUUUGGAAUCUCUUCGAAAAAUUAGCGGAAGCCGAGUAGACUAGUGGCCCAAGCUACUUACCAUGUACCUAGUGUAAUUGUGUGCAAGUCAAAGUUAUCGUUAACGACAGGCGUCGAUAAUUGUUGAUGUGUCCGAAAAUGUAGCAGUGAAAAAUUCUAACUUCGUUAUUUUGUAAACAUAGUGCUCGUGGUGCGCGUAGGUAUCGAAAACUGAUAUAGUGCGCGCGUGUGAAUUCAAAAGUGUGUUAAAAAUAGUGAUUUUGCUAGUGACUGGCUGAUCGUGACAUCAUGGCAGAAUGAUGAUAUAUUAUUAUGGAUUACUUCUUGAAGCAAAGUCAACAAUGCAAGCAGACGAUUUAGAAGAAGCUCUGGGUAAAGAAACUGUUGCGUUUUCAUCUAGCGAUAUGACUUUCAAUGAAAAGGACGUCAGCUCUCCCGAAAUGAAAGAGGAACCAGCGGUAGAUGAUGCAAAUUUUGAAAACACGACCAAAUUUGAAGGCAUUAAUCUGGAAGAUGACAUCGAGAAGGUUGAAGUGACCAGUCACGAGUCUUCUGAAGAAAACGAAGACGAAUGCAUCAUUUCAGAUACACCAAAAUCCGAAAUUAAUCAACCUGUCUUCAGCGGCAUUCCGACUCAAAGCACAAGCGAAUCUAUAAAGAGUUGGCUGCAAAGAAUAACAGACAUGCAAAAUGAAAUCCAAAAGAAGUGUACCACUUCCAGUGGAAAUUUAAAUCAUAUACAGUCAAUCGCUAAUAACUCCAUGGCAACCACCGUAGUCAACAGUUCUUCAGUUAAUAGCAGCAGAGUUGUUAAAUACCAAGACUUACCUUACAUGGGAGAAAUGACUUUAGACAAUUCAAAACCCAGGAGAGGAAGGAAGCCCAAGAAGGCUGAUAUUUGCCACCUGAUUUAUAAAAAUUACGGGACGAUAUUCCCUGGAACUCCAAAUCCCGGUAGUUACUUAGAAAAAGACAAUGGCAUUUUGAAGAAGUCCGUCGUUUUAGAAACGAAGGAGGACAGUAUCAAUAGAAGUGAUGUUCAAAAUAGGAUAAUUUCUAGUUUACUUGAAAAAAGACUGACUCAGGAAUAUAAAAGGACGAAGGAAAGCAGUACUACUGUUACAACUACCGGAGCGCAGUCCAAGGUGGCCGAUGACCAAAACGAACCUCUCAACCUAUGUAUACGGGACCUCAACCACUUAAAAAUUCGUCUUCUAAAGAAGACCGACAACACCUACACCUCCGAAAUCAAAUCAGAGCCGCAGUCUGACGACGACGUGGAGUUCGUUCACGAAACGCCCAGCCCAUCCGUCAGCGCAAAAAAUGAAUCCAGAUUCCUCUCCGUGACCCCUGAUAGUCUAUCGACCCCUAGUCCGGAUCCCCUUAAAACACCCGACGGGGCAACUGCUCCGGGUGGUUACGUCUAUUGGCCGAACGCAGGAGUCUUCAUUCACCCCGUAGCCUUGCAGCAGCAGUUGCUGAUGUACCAAAGAAUGGCCAAUAACAAUAGUUACAUCCUGCCGUCUAAUCACAGUCCGAAACCUCCCCCUGAAGCGAGUCCAGGGGGCAAAGGUGAUAGCAGCGCAGCGGAGUUCAGGAAACUAGUACCAAAAUUGAUCAAACCCAAAAAUAUUAGCAAUAGAGAAAGCACCGAAGAGACUGAUUUGCAACAAUUGCCAGCUCUAGAACUGAAAAAAAGAAAUGCUCCCGCUUCUUCUGAAAAGACACCUACUAAAAGGAAGCGAUCAGCAAUAUUCAUACCCCCGAUACCAGCUGAAAACACUGCCAAUCCCGCUACCGAGGUUAGCAUCUGUAAAUUCAAAUUUACCGGAGGAGCCAAACCCAGCCUACAGGAAAAAAAGAUGCUGUCUGUGGAUUCUGGAGGAAAUUUCAGGUACUACAGUGGAACGGGAGACAAAUCAAUGCGUGGUUACGAAUUCUUCCCAAGGGAAACCCUCCAACAGCAAGUCAACAACACCCAGGGUUCUUCCACGGGGGCGUUUCUCCAAGCUAGCGGCGAAAAAAUUUACCCACUACCUCCAGUGGACUUCCCCGGGGGAAAAUCCUCUUCGGAAUUCCUUCUGAGUCCCGAAAUUCAAGUCCCCACUUUCGGAGCGGCCCAGAACACCACUCAGGACUUGAAUUCGCAACGUAUGAAGAAGAGGAAGUCGAGGAAAAGCCUGCAGAGGGAGAAAUUGGAGCAGACCUUCAAGGAGAAGGGGUUCUUGAUUCAGACGCAGCAGACGGAAAGCGCAGAGGGAGCCACUUACUGCAAGUUCAGGCAGCUGCGGAAGUUUACUCGGUAUUUGUUCAGGUCGUGGAAGGAUUACCUGCCUGGAAAUUUGGCGGAGGGCGAACAGCCUCGAGGGGGGACUAGCGACAGUGCCGAACUUAACAUAAAUGACUUGUCUCAUGAUAAUACUGAUAACUUAUCAGUGCAUUCGAAUGAGUUAUCUGCCAAUAACGUGCAUUAGUUGACUUGAUAUUUUCGACACUUAUCAAUUCGGUUAUUUUUAGAACUUUACUAGACAGCAGAAGAUUUAAUAAGUUGAUUUCUUGGAUGAUUGGUGAAGUUCAUAAAGUAAUUGAUUUUAUUCUAAAAAGACAUUAUGAUGAUAUUCCAAAAUAAAAGAAAGUUUAAAAAUAUUUGUCGAAUGACAACAAACCUUUUAUAUAACACAAUUUUUUCGUUUUUAACCAAAGAUAUAAGUGAAGAAACGUUUUAUAACAGGGUGCAAUAAUUUUUAAGACUCUGAAGUGGUGCUAAUAUUGUGGUUAAGAUUUUGACAUUAUUUUUAUUAUAUAAAAAUAAACAUAAUCUAGUCUUUAUGAUAUUAUCCUUAGUACUGUGUACUCUAAAAAUAAUUUGUUGUUAAUUUAC